GGUCCCCCUCCAUUAUUGGGUCAGCAUGUCGAACAUCGACGACGAGCUCGAUGAGGCCAUGAUGGAAGAUGAGAACGAGGGGGGGCUCACGCAAGACGACGUGGAGGGAGACGGUGACAACAUUGAUGAUGUGGACAAGACGCAAUCCACGGAGAAUUCCGACAACGAGAAUGAUCUGAACGACGGAGGCGACGUCGAUGCCGGGGACGAGACAGGCGAAGACAACGACGAAAGCGCCAAGGAGGACGAUGACGAAGAGGAAAGUGAAGAAUCAAAGAACCUAGCCAAGCUCAAGUUCAUCCAGAAUUUGCCUGAGGGAGCGAAACGACAACACGAGCAAUUCCGGCGCUCCCAUUUCGACAAAUUCGUCAUCAAGCGCUGCAUGAUGCAAGUGAUUGAGGAAUGCUCUGGAAACGAUCGAAAAGCGCCAGCCGUGCACAUUAACCUGGCGAUUGUCAUGUCCGGUUUGGCCAAGAAGUUUGUCGGCGAAUUGACCGAAAAAGCUCGGGAAUUGAUGCAGAAGAAUGGAGACACGGGACCGAUCCGGCCGCAUCAUUUGAGGGAAGCCCAUCGAAAGUACUACAAGGCCCAUCCAUUGGCGAGAGGCCGUCAGCGCCGACGUUUGCUUGCGUAAUGUUUAAGCUGACACCCGAGAAACCCUCGCCUGCGUUGAGACUUGUGGUCGUGAAUGGCUUUAGGAAGGGUUGGACAGGCUCCAUAUAUUGUGGCGCGUCGCCUAAAGGACGCGGCAAAGUAAAUCUCCAUGGACAAGCUGAUGUAUCUGUCAGUUGAGUCCCUCCGUUGCCAUGACGACAUGAAUCGCGCAGGUUGACGUUCAUAUUGUUAUCGCCACAAGUAUCAGGCAAUGUGAAGUGGAUGAAUUCACCACGGUGGGUUUAAAAUCAGCUUGGUUAAAGUAUGCCCAUUGUAGAAUAAAAAAGAAAACGAUAUUUUGG